GUAAAUAUACAUGGAGUGUCCAGGUAAGCUCUUGAGUAUGCCACUGUUGCGUUGGUGUAACGCUUAAUAACUGCCACAUUUGUCGUUGGCGAUACAUUAGCUACUUUGAGUGCUACAUUUUCGGGAUGAUGUGCAGAAGAGUUGCAGGUGUUAUCGCGGCAUGCCAUGUUAGUUAGAGACGUUUAAAAUGAAUGAACCAAAUGGUGUCGGACCAACCUUCGCAGAUGCUUGUGAUGAUGGUGAACUUAUCAGUAUCUGUUGCCUUUGUGGAAAGACAUUCAGUAGCCAAAGUCUUUUACACAAACACUUUGAAUUAAUGCAUGAAGGUACAGAGAUAGAUACUGAACAAUAUGAUCUUAGCGGAUUUGCUGCCAUGGGAAAUGAACAAGGUCGCAAAAGUAAUGGAGAAGAAGAUCCAAAUUUCCGAGUUUUAAAUUGUGCAUUCUGCAAUAAAGUGUUCACCAAACACUGUAAUCUAAACACACACAUCAAAGCAGUGCAUAAAGGUGUAAAACCAUUCGAAUGUACAUACUGCUAUAAAGGUUUUACCCGGAACUCUGAUCUUCAUAAACAUAUUGAUGCUGUUCAUAAAGGUCUUAAACCAUUUGGAUGUGAGAUAUGUCAGCGAAAUUUCUCUCAAAAGUCAAGCUUAAAGCGGCAUAUAGAAGCUAUCCAUGAAGGUAUGAACUUUGAUGAAAUCACAUCCCCAAAUAGAAAAAGGUUUUAAAUAACCCUGAGAUCCUCGACAUCGCUGAACAAACUAGAUUGUACAAAUCCUUUCAACUUUUCAUAUUAUUUCAUGUUUAAAUAUAUACAUACUUUAUUCUUCUAAA